GUAAUGAGCAGUCGCAGGUUGGGAUCAGGCAGAAGCGUAGUCGAGAACAAGCCAAGGUCGGUAAUGAGCAGUCGCAGGUUGGGAUCAGGCAGAAGCGUAGUCGAGAACAAGCCAAGGUCGGUAAGAGCAGUCGCAGGUUGGGAUCAGGCAGAAGCGUAGUCGAGAACAAGCAAAGGUCGGUAAUGAGCAGUCGCAGGUUGGGAUCAGGCAGAAGCGUAGUCGAGAACAAGCCAAGGUCGGUAAUGAGCAGUCGCAGGUUGGGAUCAGGCAGAAGCGUAGUCGAGAACAAGCAAGGUCGGUAAUGAGCAGUCGCAGGUUGGGAUCAGGCAGAAGCGUAGUCGAGAACAAGCCAAGGUCGGUAAUGAGCAGUCACAGGUUGGGAUCAGGCAGAAGCGUAGUUGAGAACAAGCCAAGGUCGGUAAUGAGCAGUCGCAGGUUGGGAUCAGGCAGAAGCAUAGUCGAGAACAAGCCAAGGUCGGUAAUGAGCAGUCGCAGGUUGGGAUCAGGCAGA